AGAGCCAACCACAGCCAGCGUCAUUUGCGCACAAGAAGACCCCAACGACGGUGAUGCUCGGUAGUGGCUCUGUGUUGGAUUUUUCUCAUUUGCCCUACACGAGCAUGAAUUUGCUUCCAUGUUUCUGUUUUUUUUAAUUUUUUUUACUAGAUGGGAUUUGACUGUUUUGAAUUAAGCGCACGGUGUGGAGAUGCUGUGGAGGGCUGCGCUGCUGGUGCGCAAAGGGAUUCUCCGUCCUUCUCCCCACAGAGUGGAAACUGGACAUGCAGCCGGAGCUCCGGGGGGUGUUCUCAGCGUCUGCGUCUCGGAAGUUGUGGCAUUCAAACAGUUCUCCACUUUAACCCUCAGUAAAAGCCUGGCAGAUGCGAUUUCUCUGCGCGCCUUCGUGGGUUUGGUUCACUGAGGGCCACCAGAAGAAGAGACAUGGCAGUGCCGAAUAUGGUGUUCUCCGACGUGGAAAGUUUCUUGGACUCGCAUCCCGAGUUAUUCGAGGAAUACCUGAACAGAAAGGGGAAUUAUAGCAUGGUGGAGAAAUGGCUCAAGAACCACCACCAGGCGAGCAAAAGUCCGGUGGCGGUGGCGGCUGCGGCUCCUGGCGCCGAGACGAGGGAGGACAAGAGCGGCGUGGGUAAGGACAGCAGCUGGGCGAGCAAAUGCGACGGGCUGAAGCGGAGAGCCUCGCAGAAGGAGCUGCGCAAAACUUUCGCCAGGUCCAAGGCCAUGAACGUGAACCGGACAUACGACGAGCACGUCAACUCCAGGGCCCAGGAGCCGCUGACGAGCAUGAGGAGGAGAGCUCUGCUGAGGAAGGCGAGCUCCUUGCCCCCGACCACUGCGCACAUCCUGAGCGCACUGCUGGAGUCCAGAGUCAACAUCCCCCAGUACCCGUCCACAGCCGUGGAUUUCAAAUAUUACCUCAAGGAACACAACGAGAGGGAGUUUUUCCUGGAGCUUGUAAAGGACAUAUCCAACGACCUGGAUCUAACGAGCCUCAGCUACAAAAUCCUCGUGUUUGUUUGUAUUAUGGUGGACGCGGACCGGUGCUCCUUGUUCUUGGUGGAGGGGACCGGCAACAAGAAGGCACUGGUGUCCAAAUUCUUUGACGUGCACGCAGGAACCACAGUUUUGCCCUCGAUGAAUUCUGGCGAAGUUCAGGUGCCGUGGGGGAAAGGGAUCAUUGGAUACGUGGCCGAGCACGGAGAGACCGUGAACAUCCCUGACGCUUACCAGGAUCGUCGGUUCAGUGAGGAAAUCGACAAGCUGACAGGCUAUAAAACCAGGUCGCUCCUCUGCAUGCCCAUUCACAACAGCGACGGAGAGAUCAUUGGAGUCGCUCAGGCCAUCAACAAGAACUCCUGUGGAGAACUCUUCACCGAAGAUAAUGAAAAGGUGCUGCAGAUGUACCUGCCAUUUUGUGGUAUCGCAAUCUCCAAUGCCCAACUCUUCGCAGCCUCAAGGAAGGAGUAUGACAGGAGUCGGUCACUCUUGGAGGUCGUCAAUGACCUGUUUGAGGAGCAGACUGACCUGGAGAAGAUUGUCAGGAAGAUCAUGCACCGUGCCCAGACAUUGCUAAAGUGCGAGCGCUGCUCUGUUCAAUUGCUGGAGGAUAUCGAGUCACCGGUGGUGAAGUUCACCAAGUCGUUUGAGCUGCUGUCUCCUAAGUGUAGUGCAGACACUGAAAACAGUUUUAAAGACAGUAUGGAGAAAUCCUCUUACUCAGACUGGCUCAUCAACAACAGCAUUGCGGAGCUGGUAGCCUCCACAGGACUCCCUGUGAACAUUAGCGACGCCUAUCAGGAUCCACGCUUUGAUGCUGAGGCAGACCAGUUCUCGGACUUCCACAUCCGCUCUGUGCUUUGUGUUCCGAUAUGGAACAGCAAUCACCAAAUCAUUGGUGUCGCUCAAGUUCUGAACAGGCUUGACAGGAAACCAUUUUAUGAUGCAGACCAGCGUCUCUUUGAGGCGUUUGUGAUCUUUUGUGGACUGGGCAUCAACAACACUAUCAUGUACGACCAGGUGAAGAAGUCUUGGGCCAAACAGUCCGUGGCUUUGGAUGUGCUGUCUUACCAUGCCACUUGCUCCAAGACUGAAGUUGACAAAUUCAAGGCUGCUAACAUCCCCCUGGUUUGCGAGCUGGGCAUCGACAAGCUGUCCUUUGACGAUUUCUCUCUGGACGUCGACGCCAUGAUAACAGCCGCUCUGAGGAUGUUCAUGGAGCUGGGAAUGGUGCAGAAAUUCAAGAUUGACUACGAGACGCUGUGCAGAUGGCUGCUGACUGUCAGAAAAAACUACAGAAUGGUCCUUUACCACAACUGGAGACACGCCUUCAACGUCUGCCAGUGCAUGUUUGCCAUGUUAACGACGGCGGGCUUCCAGGAGACUCUGACAGAGGUGGAGAUCUUAGCGCUUAUAGUCGGUUGUGUGUGCCACGACUUGGACCACAGGGGCACCAACAACGCUUUUCAGGCAAAGACGGGCUCAGCCCUCGCUCUGCUUUAUGGGACCUCUGCUACACUGGAGCACCACCACUUCAACCACGCUGUUAUGAUCCUGCAGAGUGAGGGUCACAACAUCUUCUCCAACCUGUCCUCCACGGAGUACGGGGACCUCAUGCAGCUGCUCAAACAGUCCAUUCUGGCCACAGACCUCACACUCUACUUUGAGAACAGAAACACGUUCUUUGAGCUGGUCAGCAAAGGAGAAUACAACUGGAAUGUAAAGGCUCAUAGAGACAUGUGCAGGUCCAUGAUGAUGACGGCGUGUGAUCUCGGUGCUGUCACUAAACCUUGGGAAAUAUCACGCAAGGUGGCAGAGUUGGUGACCAGCGAGUUCUUCGAGCAGGGCGACAGAGAGAGAUCUGAGCUGAAGCUCACACCCUCGGCCAUCUUUGAUCGGAACCGGAAGGACGAGUUGCCGGGGCUACAACUGGAGUGGAUUGACGGAAUUUGCGCGCCGCUGUACGAGACUUUGGUCAAGUUGAAUCCCAAACUCCAGCCAAUGCUCGACAUGAUCAGAGCGAACAGGGACAAAUGGGAGGAACUGAACAAGAAGAGACAACGUGGCCAGAGCGUGUCUGCGCCCUCCAGCCCGUGCAGCGUCGACGGCACAGAGACCAGCGGCUGCACCGUGGCCAAAACCGGCAGCUCACCCUGCUGCAGCGGUGGCGAUGCCGACGGCACAACAUCCAAACCUGUUAGUUAGCUUCUGUCGCCACCUGCGAGUUGAUGUCUUAGGCUUCUUUCCUCUUAAAUGCAGCCUGCAACAGAGGCAGUGCAGUGCAGUGCAUGCAGAGGUUGUUGGGCUCUGCUCCUCUUCGCUUUUGCUACUAGAGAUGAGCUUUAGACUUGAGUGCGGCGCUAUCGUAGAGGUUUUUCUGCUCCCUUCAGUCUUCCCGUGUGCUGAGGGCUGACAGAGCUGUGUUUGGCACGCUUGUCGGAGCUGCCACGAAUCAGCUGAUGACACCAUGUCAGAAAGGAAACUCAAAGCACUGUGUCAACAUGUCAACCAGUGAGCUAACUCCAACUAUUCUGGGCAUUGCACACAUUUUCUGCACAAAAAGGCAUGAAGAAUAUCGCAGAGGAACAUUCGCCUCUGCUGUGGUUGGUUUUCUCGCUCCCGGUACCUCCUUGUUGCUCACAUUUUGUCCGGGGUGACAGAGAUCUGUUUUUGUAAAUUUGUACAUAGGCAGUUGAGUUAAGUGCUGUUUGAAAAGGCUCUGGAUUGUAUGGCUGUAGAGUCUCUGAAGGAUAAAGCGGUGCAGGAACAGCAGGACCUGUGACAAUGCUUGCAAUGCAAAUUGAGUGCUCCGCCCCCCCCUUCCUGUGCCUUGUUUUAAGAUCCUAAUGGAAAUGCAUGGCCUCCUCACCUAGAUUCUUAGAUAGUAUGGAAAUCCAUGUUGAACCAUGACGUUGUGUUUCUUUUGCCGGAAUUUGUAAAACCAAUGACUGCAGUUUUGUCUCGACCCCAUGUUAGCCACAACGCACUGACAUUAUAUAUACGUAUGGAAAAUCUAUUUUGCCCAGUUUUAUAAAUGCAGGGUCUCACUUGUCACACAAACACAUACACACACAAUGUGCCUUGAUGAAGAUAUUCUGGAAUCAUAGAUAAAUAAAUUUCUACCCAUCUACUGAUUAAACACUGACAGCUCAAACAUACAGUAACACACAGUAGUUCCUAAUGCAACAGAAGUACACCAAAGUUCUCAGGAAUACACUUAGUCGCUUUCUGUUGGAGUCAGAUAAGGUCAGUCGCACUCAAAUGUGCUAACAGCCACUUAGCUUAGCAUAAAGACUGGAAAUAAAGGGAAACAGCUAGCCAGCAAAUUGUCCUUUUCACACAUUUUGUUUUAUACUUUUUAAAUAAAGUAGAUUCAACGUGUUAAUUAAUGAGCUUUAGAGGUGUUGGUAGACGGAUUCUGUUUCACAGGCCGCAAAUAAAGAUGGACGACGCAUCCCCUUUUCCUCCCACUAUUCCGAAAUGAAGCCGAAGCAUCCCGAAUGCUGCCAUCUUGCACAGAUCACGUCAUUUCAGGCCAGAGUCUGCGCAGUCUCGAUCGGCCAAUAAAGCCACAGCCACGAGGUCCCAUCCAAAAAUGGAAAUCCAAACACUUGAACAAUCAGUGUGAGAGGAAGUACCUUAAAGCAUGCAGUACCACCAGCAAUUGUGGGGGGGCACUGCAGCCAAUAGUUCAAGAGAGACAGCCAUAGGACUCGACGAAGACAUUUUAACAAAGAAUUCAUCGUCCAGGAACAUUAUCACAUACUCCUCCACCGUUUGUUGUCAGAAACUCUCCACUCUGCGCUGCCCUCUAGUGGAUGUAUGACUUAACAACCAUGCCAUUGUAAAAGACACAUGGAAGUAUGUGGGCAGUGAUGGUAACAUCGUUUGAAACGGACAAAUCUCUAUUUAUACACAUGGGCAGCAUAAACAAGCCUUAACAUGGAGGAGGCAGGGUUUAUGAUCCAUACCGCAGCCAGCCAGCAGGAGGCGAUCGAGACGCUUUGGCUUCACUUCAGGGAAGCGGUCAUGUCGUCCAUCUUUAUAUACAGUUUAUGGUUGUACAGGACCAGGCUAGUUUGCUCACUGUAGCAUUAUUCAACGGACAGAUAUGAGACUUAUAUCCCCUCGUUCAACCUUUACUCAGAAAGCGAAUAUGUGAAUUUCCUAAGACUUUUCCUUAAAUUUCUUUUUGUGUCUUUUCUCAAAGCUCCCUAAUUUAAUAGAAGACUGAAGACCUGUAGUACUGAAGUGCCCAUGUAGUCACAAACUGUUAUUUUCCUUUGAUGAUUAUUAUUCUAAGUAUUUUUUAAAUGGGGGUUUGUAUGCCUUAUGAAUUGUGUUGUACCUUUGUUAAUUGGAAUUGUGUUAAUUGGACUGUGUCAUCGUGUGGCAUGGAUCUGUGUGCUCUACUGUAUUUUAGUUGAAGAGCUGAAUUGAAGUCAACCAGAAGAAUUAUGAAUUGCAUGUUUUAUGCAGUAUUAAAUCCAACCACUUGCUAAUGUAGCAAACAUGUGAGCCGACAAAUACCUCGUACUUUGAACUUCACCAGUAAAACACACUAUCUCAUCGGGAGAAAUGCAUGACUUAAAUUCUAUUGCAUCAUGUUACGUGAAUUAUGGAUAUCGUUGUUCUAUUUUUCUAUUAGGUCUCCAGACGUGGCCGACUUCUACUCGUCUUUUUUGCAAUGUAACGUGCUUCUUGUAUUUCUUCUCCCCUCUCAGUUUGGACUCUGGAUUUAUUUACGGCGGGCUAAACUGAAGGAAUCUUUAAGGCAUGAAAAGGCAAAUGUGCAAUGUUUCUGUUCAGAGUUUAAAUAAAAAGAUGCUGCUA